AUGUCUCCUCUCCUCUCACCACCAAAGAGCCAAAGCCAAGGCCAGAGCAAACUCAACAGCGUCCUCACCAACAUCGCCAAACAAUGCAGCACCACUCCAGACCAAGUCCAGGACGUCUACCCCUGCACCCCUCUCCAGCAAGGCCUCAUCGCCAUCUCGGUAACAUCCCCAGGGGCAUACACGGCACAACACGUCUUCAAGCUGCACCCGACCGUCGAUCAGCAACGAAUGAAAGCAGCAUGGACCACCGUCUUCGCGAACCACGCCAUCCUGCGAACGCGGAUCAUCACGCUCGGUGGUAACGCCAUGCAGGUGGUCCUCAAGCACGCACCGCAGUGGAGCGACUGCAGCGAUCUGCAGGCGUACCUGGCAGCCGAUCAGGCGAUCGCCCUGCAGAUGGGCGAGCCGUUGUCGCGACUGGCCAUUUCAGACUCUCAUGUGGUCUGGAGUGCGCACCACAGCGUGUACGACGGAUUCUCCGUUGAGCUUGUCCUGCGCGAUGUAGCGACUGUUUAUGACCAUCGCGAGAUCCCGCCCCGGCCGUCGUACCGGCAGUUCAUCCAAAGGACGUUCCAGGCGAAGCAGAAGGCGCUGACGGAGAAGUACUGGGAGGAGAAGACGGCGCACGUCGACGAGGUGGAUGUUUUCCCGCGAUUGCCUGCUACGUAUCGACCGCAGCCGAACAGCGUGUAUGAGCACGAAGCCAGUCUGUCCAUCGACGGGCCUUCCACUGUGACGCUCUCGACCAUCGCCAAUGCAGCCUGGGCUCUGGUGCAGUCCAGCCACCUGGGGACUGAAGAAGUGACCUUCGGCACAACCCUGAGCGGCCGCAACGCCAACAUGCCCGACAUCGACAAGGUGGUUGGUCCAACCCUGGCGACGGUGCCUGUUCUUCUCAACACGAGCCGGACCCAGUCCGUAUCAGACUUCCUACGCGCAACACAGGCCUAUUUCACGCAGAUCAUCCCGCACCAGCAGAUCGGCCUGCAGAAUCUGAAGAGGUUGAGUCCGCAGACAGCUGCGCUCUGCACCUUCCAGACCCUCUUUGCCUUCCAGCCGGGCAUGGCCGAGACGCAGUCUCCGUACAGUCACCUCUUCACCGCGCAGAACAAGGACAAGGUCGAUGCUGCGUUCUUCAACUAUGCACUUACGUUCCAGUGCUCGCUGGCUGGGACGGGAACGCUCAAGGUGCUCGCUUCGUAUGAUAACAGGGUGCUGUCGACAACGCAGAUGGAGAGGCUGGUCUUUCAGUUCGAGCAUGUUGUUUCGCAGUUGCUUGCCAGCAAGGGCGCGGACAAAUUGAGUGACCUCCAGCUCGUCUCUCCUCAGGAUCUGGCACAGCUCGACGCGUGGGAUAGGGAGGCUGAACGCCACGAGCACCUCCUCCCUUUGGACGCGAUCCAACGCCAUCUCGUCGCCCGACCCAAUGCCACAGCCGUCGACUCAUGGGACGGAACCCUCUCCUACGCUCAACUUGAUGACUUGGCCACCCGACUCGCCAGCUGGCUGAUCCAGAGCCAAAAUGUCGGCCCCGAGACCGUGGUGCCCAUCUGUUUCGACCGCUCACAGUGGAUGAUCGUGUCGAUCCUCGCCGUCCUCAAAGCAGGCGGCGCCUUCUUGCUCCUCGACCCGAUCUACCCGGAGAACCGGCUCAAGUACAUGAUCGAGAUGGUCAAUGCGAAAACAAUCCUGGUAUCAGAGUCAACAAGGCCCAAAUUCUCCGAUUUCCCUGGCACUACACUCGCCCUCGACGCCCCCUGGUUCGAAUCUCACACCCAUACCUCCCUUCCUGCCCGAAGCCUCUCCCCCAACCGCGCAAUGUACCUCGUCUUCACCAGCGGCUCAACCGGCCAGCCAAAGGGCGUUGUUGUGACGCACGGCUCCUACGCCGCCUCGGCAGCAGGCCACAUCCCGGCGCUGGGAAUCAACGAGAGCACACGCCAGCUCUUCUUCGCGUCCCCGGCAUUCGACCUGAGCAUAUACGAGACCGUCAGCUCGCUGAUGGCCGGCGCGACAAUAUGCGUCCCGACGGAAGAAGACCGCAACGGGAGCGUUGCGCCAGUCAUCUGCAACAUGGACGUGACUCUCAUCUCGCUGACGUCCUCAUACGCCCGCCACCUGCGUCCCGAGGACGUACCCUGUCUGCAAACGCUGGCUCUAGUCGGCGAGCCACUAGCGCGAGAUGUCCAAGGCGUGUGGGCGGAUAAAGUCUGCCUUUUGAACGCGUAUGGUCCGGCGGAGUGUUCCGUCGUCAGCACCGUCAAGCGUCCCGUCACGCUUGACUCGACGCCAGCGAAUAUCGGGCAUACCGUUGCGGGGCGCGCGUGGGUUGUGCAUCCCAAGGACCAUGAUAUCCUCCUUCCACUCGGCGCAACGGGCGAGCUCCUUAUUGAGGGGGCUCAUCUGGCACGUGGAUAUUUGGACGAUGACGAGAAAACCGCCGCUGCGUAUAUCUUCGACCCGCGCUGGGCUACCGGCUCGAGUGAGGGUGCGCGACGGUUCUAUAAGACCGGUGACCUGGUGCAUUUUGACGAGGACGGGUCGCUUGUUUUCGAAGGCCGCAAGGAUACACAGGUGAAGAUCCGCGGGCAGCGGGUUGAGGUCUCUGAGGUGGAAUAUCAUGUUGCGAAGCUGUUUCCCCGUGCUGCUGGUGUCGCGGUUGAGGUCUUCAAGCAGGAGCAGAAUGCUUGCUUGGUGGCGUUUCUAUUCUGCGAUGGGGGUUGGAGUGUUGAUGCGGAUGCAUCUGCGAUGCUUCAACGGCUCAGUGGCACCGAGAUCAAAACCAUGUCGCAUAUCAAACAGCGUCUGGAGCAGCUUAUGCCGUACCACAUGGUCCCGACCCGGUACCAGCUCUGGCCGCGAAUGCCCACGUCUCUGGCAGGAAAGCUCGACCGAAAGGCUCUCCGCGAGGAACUACGCAGCCCCAGCGGGAGUGUCAUCGAGCUCGACGAGACAACCACCGAGUUCCCGGCCAUCAAGUCCACCAACGCCGUUGCCCUCCGCUUGAACAAGAAGAUUCUCGACCUUGCGCCUGGACAGAAGACGGCCCUGCAAGGCCGAGACUUCCCCCUCUCCAUCCUGGGCCUCGACUCGAUCCAGCUCAUCACACUCGUCACAUUCAUCCGCACCGAGUACGGCACGAGAAUGACGGUCGGCACACUAUACGACCUCAAGCUCACGAUCUCAGGCCUCGCAUCAUUGAUCACAUCUCCGCAGACCAAGACAAUCCCUACACUCGAUCUCGCGGCCGAGCUCCAAGCCGUCUACAACGAGCUCACCAUCCGCUCCGAGUCAACCGCGCUCAAACGCCGCGUCUUCCUCACCGGCGCAACGGGCCUCCUGGGCUCGCAGAUCCUCCGCCAGCUCCUCGCCGACGCAGCCGUGCAGCGCGUCAUCGUGCACGUCCGCGCACCUGACCCGGCAAAGGGCCUCGCGCGCGUCGUGUCCACCGCAACGCUCGCGAAAUGGUGGUCCCCCUCCUACGAACACCGCGUCGAGGUCUGGACGGGGGAUCUGGGCGCGCCGCAGCUGGGCUUGCAGCCCGAGCAAUGGGCCAUGCUCUGCGGGACGGCGGAGCCAGGGACCAACAUCACCUCGAUCAUCCACAAUGGCGCGGCGGUGCAAUGGCAGGCCCCGUAUCAUGCGCUUAAGGCAGUGAAUGUCAACUCAACGGUUGACUUGUUGAGCGCGGUAGCGCAGUGGUCCGAGCCUGGGAGUUUCACGUUCGUCUCGGGCGGACUGAAGAGAUCGCCUGGUCAGGAUUUGGAGUCUUUCUUGAAGGCCCUGGAGCAGGCGAACGGGUACAGCCAGAGCAAGUUCGUCGCUGAGGAGAUUGUCUCCCGCUUUGCUGCCAGUCGGAGCCAGUCACAACUUGGACCUCGGAUAUCGAUCGUACGGCCGGGCUGGAUCAUCGGCACCCAGCAGGACGCCGUCCCCAAUACAGACGACUUCCUCUGGAAGCUUGUCCAGGCGUGUAUCGCUAUUGGCGCGUAUCCCGCGCAGGGGGGUGAUCUGUGGCUUGCUGUUGCGGAUGCAGAGGAGGUCAGCACGCGGAUCCUGGGGGCGACGUUUGCGGGCACGUCCACUGCCACAGGCUCCGGCGCCUCGUCUCCUUCCGGAGCAGGUGCAGGUGCAGGUGCAGUCGUGGAGAACGUCGAAACCGGCACGACGGUCUCGCGCUUCUGGGAGCUCGUCAAGGAAGCCACGGGUGCCACCUUAACGCCCAUGGACGGCGAGAGCUGGAAGAACGCGGCGCAGGAGUUCGUGGGUCGGCUGAGCUCGGGCUCAAGCUCGAAACAGGCUGCGUUUUUGCCUGUGCUGGCGAUGCUGCAGGAUCCGUCGAUGGAGUUUGGGGUGCAGCCGCCCAAGGGUAUGGAGUAUGAUGGAGGGGCGUCGGGUCGUGUUGAUGGCGCGAUCCGGAGUAAUGUGCGGACGCUUGUUGAGGCGGGUUUCUUUUCAGUUUCCCCUGGAAGUUAUGGUGGUGGAUCGUCUGGUGGAGGUGCAGGGAUGGUGAGUGGGCGGUUGUUUGGUCGAACGAGGGUUAACGAGGGGAGGGCCGUUGCUGUAUGA